AUGUCCAAACGCGCCACAUCUGGUGGUGAUGAACUGACUGCGAAGCAUCACUGCAGGAUUAGCAAAGUGAAUCAGACAGGACAAUCAGCACUAUAUGAUAAUGGUGCAUGGGAAAUUUUGAAGCAAUUCCUCACGAUGUCCAUGUCGUUAUCUGAGAUGGACGACUCACUUGUGGCAUAUCUCGGCGACUGGUACUCUGAGGAUGACUGGGGUUCUUACGGCACUGUGGAGAAUGUACAUACCAGAUCCAUCAAAAAACCGUCCGUGCGCACAUCUGCAUCAAGUCUGGACAACCAUUUGUCAGGCUCAUGCGUCAACAAAUCGCAUAGGUCAUACAAAUGUAAAAAUAUGUAUAUACUCGAUGAGGCUGAGGAGGACGAUGAGGAGGAGGAGUAUGAGGAGGGAGAUGGAGAUGGAGAUGGAGAUGGAAUGUCUGUUCGGUUGCCGAAGGUCAUGCAAAUGCAAGAGCCAUCGGCGAAACAGAGGUUGGCUGCAACCUUCGACGACAUGGCCAGUUGGUUUGAGCAGAAUUUGCCCAGCUUAUCCCAAAGCCGCAAGGAUUGCACUCACGGAGCUCCCGAAAGCAGGAUGUAUCUGCUUGAUAUUCAAAGAACUGUCACAGAACAUGUUAUUGACCAUCUUUGGAGGAAAAACUUCCCUGUCACCUUGUCAGCUUGGGUAGCAGGCCAAAUUUACGUUGUUGUGGACAGUCCCAAGACCAUCACAGAUUCUCUACAUAACUCGCUUUAUGCUGCCGUCAAAAAGUACAGUCGCAUCAUGGACAAAGAAUGUGGAGCAGUCGAACAAUCACAGACCACUCUUCCCAACCUGGCAUGGGUGAGAAUCAGGCAUGGCAAGUACAAGGGCUGCAUAGGCAAAAUCUUCAAGUCUGGGCAGGAUACUGUUGAAGUCCUAUGUCCUACACGCAACUUUCCCUAUCCGAUGCCCCAGGGGUGUCGAGCAUUGGUCAAGCAAUCUUGUCUUCCGAAAAAUGAUUCAGUGCCUGACAUCAUCAUUGGUGAUGAAGUAGUAGGAUGGACAUUCAAAGGAGAAAGGUAUUACAUGGGGCUCCUUCUAAAAUACUUCCACUGUGAUCAGCUCGAACUUCUCACCUCUCCUCACGUCGACAACAUUCAACUCCAUCUUGAAUCCAGAUGGGACAAACCUUUCCUCAAGAAAACUGUCAUGGCAUUUGCAAUGCAAUUUUUGCACGUGGAGGAUCACACCAGGGUCAUUAAAGGCUCUCUUAGUGGAGAGCUCAGUAAAGUGAUCUCAAUUGACCAUACUUAUGGUUCCGCAUGCUUGGAAUUUACCUUUCAUGAAUGUCCGGAAGAAAUAGAAGUCCGACUGCAAGACGUCGAGCGUGUCUUUCGGGUCGGUGACUCUGUUAGAGUUAUAGCCGGUCCGUACUUGGGUUUGGAAGGACACAUCCUCCAAAUGGCUGAGGACGUGUUUCACAUUUGUCAGGUGGCUACUAAGGAAGUGCCUCCCCCAGACUCUAACUCGAUUGAAAUUAGGGAUUUCAUUCAAGUCCUGGACGGGAAACACACUGGGAAAUGUGGCGUCGUUGACUGGUUGUCUAAGGGAGAUAGUUAUCUGUGGUUCAGGGAUCUCUUCACUCCAGUUGACACAAAGUCCGGACUGUCAAGUAUCUCAGUUCCUAUAGCAAUGGUUCAGCAGAUGGACCUCAUGCGGACAAUCCAGUACACAAAAGAAAGAGGCUACAAUGUUAAACCUGGAGACACCCAAGGCGCGAACAAAGGCUCCUGGCUGUAUCUGGGAAGCGAGUGCAGCAAGGAUCUAGAAGUGUGCAAUGAAGCGAAGUGCGAGAAAGCGCAGGUGUGUGCAAGGCACGAAGGCGCGGGAAUGCGCGAAGCGCGGGAAAGUGCGCACAGUAACACACCUAAGCGCUGUCAUGCGGAGCUGAAGCGCUACCAAGUAAGAGAAAUGGAAAUAUAUGCACUAGAGGGCUUGGCGGACAGUGGAUGGAUGCUUCUGGAUGGCUGGCACUAUAGGGUGCUCAAGCGCGGGAAAGCAUGUGUGCAUAUACAUCGUGAAGCACGGGAAUGGUGCGUGCAUGCACACAGAGUGGUGCUGCAAGUUCAUGCUGUAUACUCCUUGGUGAAAACUGCCAUAUCAUGCCAUGAGAGGCAUGAGUCUCUACACUGUUUGCUUAUUGACAUUCAAAUCAGAUUUAUCAUCAAACUACACAAUCAUCGCACCACCGUCAAACUUCACGAUGUCAUCACCAGAUCUUACUUGAUGCUACCAGCCCGAAGUAUCACACCACCUGUCGAAAUCACUCCCUCUGGCUUGUCCACAUCCAUCACAGAUCUCAGUCCCUCAUCGUCCAACGGGUGGGCCAGCUGGUCUGCAAGCCCUGGGGAUGUUGAUAUGGUGCAUGACCCUGCAUCCAGCAUCAAUCCCAGCUCAUCCACAUCUGACCCUGGGCUAUUGACGGCCAGGAUACCAUUGACGCUGGGGCGGAGAAACUGCCAGACAGUGGCCCGCUGCCUUGGCUGA